GUCCGGCAUUGUGGGUUCGAAGGGAACAGUUCUAGCAGGAGAGAGGGACAUAACUUCCUCUAAAGCGUUUUCUUUCUUUUGUUUACGUGGAAUUUCAUGCACGUAGCAAUUUGCAGUGCAGACUUACAGGCUAGUGGGUGGAACGUGAGGAAGGCAGCUCUGAGAAUACAAUCCGGAUCGAAAGUGGCAUGGGAUGGUUAUGUAUUUUUCUUCUUUCGAUGUACCUCUUCAACGCUGUACAAGGUGAAGUUGCCAGCAGAGUUGUUUUAAGGGUCCAGUUGAAAUGUUCGAAAAGCAAGUACACAGCCAACCCAGAGAUGUCGAAGUAUAUGCCUCAUCAUUGUCGUGUAAAUAUUGUCUAUCUGCUAGGAGAAGGAAAAAUGCCAUCCGUUUCUCCUGCCAAUGUUACAGUUGGCUACUUUCAUGAUAGUCUUUUUUACACUGUUGACUGUAACAGAAAUUCUUCUCUUUAUUAUGCCAUUGGAUCAUCUUCAAUACAAAAGAACUUGACAUUAGAAAAGCACACUAGUCACGUGUACCAUUUCAAAGGAUCAGUGUCUAACAUGAACAUCAGUGAUCAUUUUUUGGAAUGUGUAACAGAGUCUGCAACGGUUACUCCAGCACCUUGUACAUAUAACCAUCUUGAGUUGCAAUGUUAUGUUCAAGCUGAUGGGUUUAAAGGAAAAUCGGCCGUCUGGUUGACGACAAAAAAUGGGACUCAAGAGCAGGUAACCAGGAGAUGUCAUGAUUCUGGCUGCAGCAUGUCUAAUUCAACACUGUGCCUAAACGCUGCACAUUAUGAAAACGUUGUAGUCAACUUGCUACACCUUGAGUCACAGUCAUUCCACUUAAUAUGUAAAGAAAAGUUCUUUGGGUUUGAGAACAACGAUCACACGUUUGAUGUUCAACAGAUACUAGCUAGACAAUUGCCCAAGCAACAAGGGUCAAAUCAGUCAAUGAGUAAAUUAGAUAAUGAAAUACAUCAUCAAAAAACAAGCAUAAGUAGUUCCAACACUCUUACAAUUGCAUUGUCUGGAGCUGGAGCUGGAGUGACUGCACUGGUUGUCUUUGCUUUAUUGGUUUUAUGCUGCCGACACUACCAAUCAGACAAUCAACAAAUAUGUAACAUUCGAGAUCCUGCCAAUCUAUUGAUAAUGCCACACACAUCGAGAUGUCAUUUUAACAACUAUGCUGGCCAAGAUGGUGUGUUGGUAUCAGACACAGAACAAUUGCCUGUUGCAAGAGCAAUAAAAAGAUACAGCUCUUCGUAUCUGCACUAUACAGAGCAAUGGGAAAUCAACCGAGCUAACAUAACUGAAAGAACUCUUUUAGGAGAGGGAUGUUAUGGAAAGGUAGUAGAAUGUGAUGUAGCUGGUCUUGGUGGUGAAAGCAGAUCCUGUAAAGCCAUAAUAAAGAAGUGCAAACGGCCAUCUGAUAAGACUGCUCUUCAAGAGCUUGUCACAGAGGCUUUGUUAAUGAAAAGAGUUGGCAGUGAUGAAAAUGUUCUAAAGCUCUUAGGAGUUUGUACUCUUGGCGGUCCACUCUGGUUGGUCAUGGAGCUUGCUCAUUUUGGACAUCUAAGGAACUAUCUGCGUUCCAGGCGUCCCAGUCAAGAGGAUCCUUUUGCUGCUGUGCCAGUGCCUACAAAGUGUGAUACCGUCAUUAUGACUACAGAGAAACUGCUCAGGUAUGCCUUGCAGAUUGCAAAGGGCAUGAGAUACUUGGUGUCAAAAGAGUGUCUACACUGCCACCUGUGUGCUCAGUCAGUGCUUGUGUGUGAGAAUGACACACUCAAAUUGUCAAACUUUGGAAUCAUCAAAGAGGAAGAUUAUCAUGCCCAUUACAAUAAUGCACUGUCUCCUAUGAAAUGGCAAGCUCCUGAAGUCUUCCGUCAUCAGCAAUAUUCAGAAUACAGUGAUGUAUGGUCGUUUGGUGUUGUGAUGUGGGAAAUAGCCACAGUUGGUGGUACUCCAUAUCCUGGAGUUUCUCUGCAGUGUCUUGGAGAUUUGAUAGUUCAUUCUGAUUAUCGAAUGCAAAGACCUAGAAACUGCACUCGUCUUGUGUAUUCUGUAAUGACAGAAUGCUGGCGGUUUAGUCCACAUCAGAGAUCCAGAUUCUUUGUGUUGGCUGUGAAGAUUAUGAAACUUCUGUCAGAUGUUGAGAGUGAGACUUGUCUUGUGACUUCUGCUAUGGAGACAAUUGAAUCAGAGGAAAGAAAUGGAGGAAUCCAUGAGUGAGAGCAGAAAAGCACUUCAACGAUAUGUGAGCUAGCACUUAGAUACAGAGGAGGUAUAAAGUGAGCUAGCUGGCUGCUGUGUCUUAUUGUAGCUGCAUGUCUAUAGUUUUUCAGAAACAGAAAUGUGUGUGUGUAAUGCAUUAGAUCUAAUUGUUUAGAACUGAAACUUCUUAUUUCUAGAAAUUAGAAAGAGUAGCCCUAGACUAAAAUAACUAGAGAAAUGAGCAUGCAUGAGUUCUAUACAUUCAAUUACAAAGAGC